AUGCCUUUUGGGAUCUCCCCUGCAGGAGAGAUUUUCCAGCAACGGCUAGACCAAGAAAUUAAUGACUUGGAUGGUGUACGGACUGUUGCUGAUGACAUUUUAGUAAUAGGAAAUGGAGAGACGAUGCAGGAAGCUGUAGCCGACCAUGACAGAAAGCUCAAGGAACUAUUCGACUGCUGCAGAGCUAAACAUAUCAAGCUUAACCCAAACAAGAUUGAGUUGAAGAAGACCUCAAUGCCAUACACUGGCAACAUUCUUACCUCUGACGGUGUCCAAGCGGAUCUUGCUAAAGUACAAGCCAUACUAGAAAUGAAGCAACCAACAGACGUGGCUGGCGUCAGGAGAAUCCUCGGAACAGUUAAUUAUCUCGCCAAGUUCCUUCCCCAGGCCACCUCUUACAAGCAUCUGAACCACUACGACAACUCACAAAAAAGAAUCAGCCUUUCGAUUGGGACAAAUCGCAUGACGCCGCUUUCACCAAAAUAA